AUGCCGCCUCCGCGGGCCGAUGACAGCAGCCUCGAAGCGGUGAAGUUCUCCAUCCUCACCAAUGCGCUGCUUCUGCUGGUCUUCCUUGGCGCCUUGGAGCUCUUCCUGAGAAGGGAGGGCACACGUCAGCUCUUGGCGCCAAAGCUGCCGCCGCAGGAGCGCAUCGGGUUUCUUUGCUCCCGUUUUCCUGGCUUCCUGUCUGGCGGAUUCACUGCCUGGGCCCGGAGGGUUUGGCAGCAGCGGCAUCAACCGUUGGAUUUGGAUCCAGAUGCCACGAUCCUUAUUCGUUUCUGCCAGCUUGGUCUCAAAUUCAGCUUGCUAGGCACGGCCUUGUCCUGCGUGCUGCUGCCGAUGUACGCGACAGGUCCCGGGCAGGCCAGCGGCUUCAACGCCAUGAGCCUUUCGAACCUCAAGUUGGGUGGAUCCACACGUUUCUGGUGCGUGAUUUUGGCCGCCUACAUGCUGACUUUGACGUUCGGCUACCUGAUUCUUCGUGAAUGGCAUGCAUUUGUAAGCAUCAAGAGGCAGCACUUCGUGAAAGCAGUAUCUGGAGCCUGCGGCCCUGCGAUUGCCCAGAGCCGUCGUACCCUCAUGGUGGAGGACGUGCCUUCAGCCUCAUGGUCCGAGCAAGGAGUCACGGCCUUCUUUGAGAAGCUCUAUGGACCUGCUUGUGUCUAUAGCUGUGUUUGCCUUGGCCAUGACGAGCCGGACCUUCACCCCUCAGCCCGAGCAGCCGCGCACCUUAUCCAAGUCAACACCGGGCCAGCCACGGCCUUUGUGACACUCCGGUCGGCAGAAAGAUGUGCAGAAGCCCAACAGGUAGUGCUAAGCCACACUUCAGGUUGGCAGAUCCGCGAAGCUCCAGAGCCGCGAGAUUUGAUAUGGUCUAAUGUUCUGAAGCCACGUGGCAUGACGGAGCUUCAUCAGAAAAUCGGAUUGGCAGCCACCGUGGUGUGCGUCCUAUUCUGGUCAGUGCCUGUAACUUUGAUUCAGGCCUGGGCUAACGUUGAGUCACUUUCCAAGUGGUUCCCUGCCGUCUCUGACUUGAAAGCUUGGUCCCCUGCACUGUACGCCCUCAUGACGAGCUACUUGCCAGUACUUGCGCUCAUGGGGCUGCAAGCGCUGCUGCCUUACUUCUUUGCAGCAAUGGCGCGGAGUUAUGAAGGCCACAAGACGAAAUCAGGCGUGGAACGGGUGGUGCUGAAUCGCUGUUUCAACUACCAGCUGGCCUCUCUCUACGUUACCGUGCUGUCAGGGUCCCUGUGGGACUCACUGACGAAGAUCUUGGAUCAACCUUCACAGGUACUGGAUAUCUUGGCUCGCUCUCUUCCAAAAGCCAAUGUUUAUUUCCUGUCGUUUGUCUUGGCCAGAGCCUGCGUGGGUGUUCCUCUUCUGCUGCUGAGGCCGGAUGUUUGCUUUGGGUUCUGUGGGCUCUCCGGAUCAGGGACGAAGAUCCACUGUGCCUUCGGAUAUGAGGCAUCGAGCAUUGCCAUCGUCCUGGUGAUUGGGAUUACUUACUCUUUUAUUGCCCCUGCCAUCCUACCGGCUUGUGCCGUGUACUUUGCUGCGGCAACGCUCUCGUACAGGUGGUUGUUUACCCACGUCUACGAUUCGGAGUUCGACGGCAGUGGUGUAUUCUGGUAUGAUCUCUUCAACUGCGUGAUUCUGGGUUUGCUGUUAAGCACCUUAUCGCUGAUAGGGCUGGCCAUAUUGUACGGCUCCUACACUCAGUUAGUGUUCUUGAUUCCCCUUCCAGUUCUCGUGGUGUACUUGGCACUGCGUUGCUGGGGCCGCAUCGGCUGGAAAUCCCGGUGGACAGCACUGGAAGAUGCAGUCCGGGCCGAUCAGGACGAGGGAAGCGCUCUCGCCGGCUUUCAGGAAGACCUUUACGCUCAGCCCUGCGAGCCUUCCUCGGAGCCCUCUUAG